ACGAGUUAGAUGAGGAUUCAAUGCGAAACCAAACCUUGUAAUUCACGAACCAUCAACGACAGGUAUUGGCCAAGCAUUCCCAAAGAGUACGAACCAGCAAACAGAACUCAAGCUCAAUCUGCCGAGUGUCAACUGUCAAGUGCUAAACCAAAUGUUUUAUGCCCCACAAGAUAUACUUGUACAACGAGAGAAAAUUUAAGAGUAGCGUUGGAGUUUCACAAAACUGGUUGGCAAAAUAGCCAAUUUUUUUCCCUUUUCUUUUAUCUUUGGACCCUCCUAAGAUCUUUACCAAAAAUGAAGCCUGGGUUUCGCUCAAGUUUUGCAUAAAUCUAUUUAUCCUUUUUGAAAAAUUGAUUCAUGAAACUUAUUUAAUUUGAGUUUUCUCUCGUUGUCACGGGCUUUUUAUACUCUUUCCAUUACAUUCUAAAGACCCUUGCUUUCUCCCUUUAGGCAAAAAAAGUUUCAAAAUUUGCAUUUCUCUUUCUCAUUUUUUUAGCUAUAUUAUUCCUUCGCCGCUGUAAAGUGAGUGUUUUGUGGGAUUGUAAAUGGCCAAUGCAACUGGGUUUUUCACACCUUCAGUUCCGUGCCUGAGGAGAAAGAUUCAACCUUCCAUAGGAAUUUCUCGAUCUGGGAUUUGCUUCUCUGAAGGAAUCUUUAGGAGGGUAGUGUGCUCAAGUGGCAUUGAAGGUGCAGAGAAGCAUUUUUCCCCUUCUAAAUCUCGAGUACCCAAGCUUGUUAGUAAAGGCUGCAAGUUAGUUGGCUGUGGGUCAGCAGUGCCAAUUCUUUCAGUUUCAAAUGAUGAUCUUGCAAAAAUAGUUGAUACUUCUGAUGAAUGGAUCUAUGUCCGAACUGGUAUACGAAAUCGACGGGUUAUUUCAGGAAAGGAAAGUUUAAAAAGCCUAGCGGUUGAAGCGGCAAGGAAAGCUCUUGAAAUGGCAGAUGUUGACCGUAAUGAUCUUGACCUAAUCUUGAUGUGCACAUCUACACCAGAUGAUCUUUUUGGUGUUGCUCCACAGGUCCAAAGAGAGCUUGGCUGCACAAAAACUCCUUUAGCUUAUGAUAUUACAGCUGCAUGCAGCGGAUUUGUGUUGGGUCUGGUCUCUGCUGCUUGCCAUAUUAGGGGAGGUGGGUUUCGUAAUGUUUUAGUGAUUGGAGCAGAUAUUAUUUCUCGAAUUGUUGAUUGGACUGAUAGAGGGACAUGCAUUCUCUUUGGGGAUGCUGCUGGUGCUGUACUAGUUCAGGCCUGUGAUGCUGAGGAGGAUGGCUUAUUAGGCUUUGACUUGCAUAGUGAUGGUGAGGGUGGAAGACAUCUUGGUGCUCCCAUAAAUGAUGAUAGAACCAAUGAUCUGUUGGGUUCUAAUGGUUCAGUUUUAGAUUUCCCUCCAAAAAGGUCCUCUUAUAACUGCGUGCAGAUGAAUGGCAAAGAAGUUUUUCGCUUUGCUGUGCGAUGUGUGCCACAAUCAAUUGAGUCUGCCUUGGAAAAAGCUGGUCUCACUGCAUCCAGCAUUGACUGGUUAUUGCUCCAUCAGGAAGAAUGCAAUUUCUUCGGGCUGUUGCCCUUGGGCAUCAGAUGCUAUUGGAAGUUGUUGAAAGGUAGUUGGGGAAAAAAGACCACUGGUGUUGUUUCGAUUAGUGUAUGUUGCCCAUGCUCAUCGAAAGGAAUGGGUAAAGCCCUAUCCAUUAGAAGUGACCAACUGCAGCCUAAUUCACAUAUUGCAAACCAAAGGAUUAUUGAUGCAGUUGCAACACGUUUAGAAUUCCCACAGGAAAAAGUCAUAUCAAAUUUGGCAAAUUAUGGUAAUACAAGUGCAGCAUCCAUUCCUUUGGCAUUGGAUGAAGUUGUUCGAAGUGGAAAGGUGAAGUCGGGGCAAACAAUUGCAACUGCAGGUUUUGGUGCUGGUCUAACUUGGGGUUCUGCUGUUAUUAGAUGGGGAUGAAAAAUUGCCCUGCUGCCAAGUU